AUGUCUUUCCACCACUCCGCCAAGGACAUCCACAUCGAGCAGGACGGCCAGAGCACCUUCUUGCUCUGCCACGUCAGCGACAACAACGGUAACUUCCACGGCACCAAGAUCAGGCUGGACGAUCACAUCGGCAACAGUGACGGCUGGUUCAAAUGGGGCGGCGUCAACUUCACCCAGAGUGCUCGUAACAUCGCCCUCGUCCACACCAAUGAAGGACCCAAGCUCGAGGCUGAUCUCUCCAUGAUCAACGGUGGAAGCAGAGGUCGCCAGGGCAUGUUCUUGAGCCAGAAGAUCACCAACGAGGGCGGAAGACUGCGUUUCAUUGGAGGCGAAUAA